AUGGACGAAUCCACAAUCCGGGACAGUGAGGCUCUGUUAUUGACUUAUGUGAGGUAUAUUGACCACGAGGAGUUUCAGGAAGAGAUGCUGUUCUGCGUAUCGUUUGAAACCACCACAACUGCAAAUGAUAUUUACAUCAAAAUCAAACAUUAUUUGGAUGCAAACAAAAUACCAAAGGAAAACUUACUGGCAUGUGCGGCAGACGGUGCACCUGCCAUGAUGGGCAAGAAUACGGGAUGCUUAAAAAUGAUGAAGGAUGAAAAUCCAAACAUGUUGACUGUCCAUUGUGUAAUACACCGAGAAAACUUGGUUGCCAAGAAAUUGUCCCCUGUUCUUAACAAGAUUCUUCAAAGUGUGAUCAAGUGUGUCAACAGCAUUAAAAGAAAUUCUAAAUUUGAACGUCUUUUUAAGCAGUUUUGUAUAAAUCAAAGUGCCGAACAUGUUCGAUUAUUGCUUCAUACAGAAGUAAGAUGGCUAUCAAGUGGAAACUGCUUAAAGAGGUUCAUGGAAUUAUUUGAUCAGAUUAACGACUUUCUUAGUGAUAAAUGUGAAAUGAAAUUGCUGUCAACAACGGAUGGAAAAGCAUUUGUCAGUUAUUUGACAGACAUAUUUGAGAAACUUGGAAACUUGAAUAAACAACUUCAAGGUGCAAACAUGACACUUAUUGAUGCAAAAGCAAAGAUUUUUGGAUUUAUUACAGCUCUCGAAUUAUGGAAAAAGAAAUUUUCCAAAAGAAAUUUCAGUGAACUUUACUGGUUGAGUAAAUGUGAAAUAACGAAUGAUGCUGGCAUUGUAAUUAUUGAUCAUUUAAAUAUCUUGAUAAAGGAUUUCAAUGACAGAUUUUGCGAUUUAAAGGCAAUGAAUUUUCCUUCUUGGUUAACUCAACCGCUUCUGAUUAACGUUUCUGAUGCUACAAUCCAAUACCAAGAAGAGUUAUCAGAAUUACAACAUGAUGAAUCAGUGAAGACUUUGUUUAAAUUGAAAGGUACAAAGAUGUGGCUAUAUGACGAGGUUGAAAGAAAAUAUCCUAAAAUUUCUACAUCAGCGAGAGAGCUACUGAUUCCUUUCCCUUCGUCUUAUUUGGUCGAAUGUGGUUUUAGUGCAGUUGAUAAUUUGCUCGAAGCCAAGAGAAACCGGCUUGAGAUUACAAAACGUGGCGAUUUACGACUGAAAUUAACAAAGUUGUCUCCUCAAAUUAAAAACUUGUGCUGUAUGCAUCAGGCACAGGGUCUCACUAAAUUAGUCGAGCUGACCGUCAAAUAA